CCCUUGCUGCAUUUGUUAGUGGCGCAUUGAGCCUCGGGAUGUCUGGACGCGGGAAGCAGGGCGGCAAGGCGCGCGCCAAGGCCAAGACGCGCUCGUCGCGGGCGGGCCUGCAGUUCCCGGUGGGCCGCGUGCACCGCCUGCUGCGCAAGGGCAACUACUCAGAGCGGGUCGGGGCCGGCGCGCCGGUGUACCUGGCGGCGGUGCUCGAGUACCUGACGGCCGAGAUCCUGGAGCUGGCGGGCAACGCGGCGCGCGACAACAAGAAGACGCGCAUCAUCCCGCGCCACCUGCAGCUGGCCAUCCGCAACGACGAGGAGCUCAACAAGCUGCUGGGCCGCGUCACCAUCGCGCAGGGCGGCGUGCUGCCUAACAUCCAGGCCGUGCUGCUGCCCAAGAAGACCGAGAGCCACCACAAGGCCAAGGGCAAGUAAGAACCUGGAGGUUCAUUGGUCAACGCGAAGGUUCCUAACACUUCAGAGGUGCUCCUAAAGAAAAACUAAUUACUGGUCACUGAAUCUUACCACUCCACACCUGCUGAUUAAAUUUACCACGAUUUACAUAAGUAAUCCAAUCAGCCACUUGAUUGCAUCCGAAAGUGAGUGAUUGAUGUCAGAUAACCGCUCGCUGGUGUUUAGUCUAACGCAUAUCAGGCUUCCCUCCCCGCACCACGCGGGGCAAAGUCAAGUU